AUGGGUUCCGUUGGGGCGUCGAGUUCAAAGCUUUUUGAGCCUCUCACGAUCGGCUCGAUGAAGCUGCAGCACCGCAUGAUAAUGGCACCUUUGACAAGAUUCCGCGCAGACGACUCGCAUGUACCACUGCCAUUUGUGUCUGAAUACUAUCAACAGCGCGCCUCGGUCCCAGGCACCUUGAUCAUCUCGGAAGCGACCCUGAUCUCCGAAUCCGCCGGAAUUUACAACAACGUUCCUGGGAUCUGGAACCGCGAUCAAGUCGAUGCGUGGUGCAAAAUCACCGACGCAGUCCAUCAGAAGGGUUCCUAUAUCGUCCUCCAGCUUUGGACGCUCGGCCGAGUCGCAGAUGCAGCGGCCACAAAACAGAAGGGCAUCAAACUUUCCGCGCCCAGUCCCAUACCUGUUGCCGAAGGGGCCGAAACUCCCGAGGAACUGACCAUCGCCGAGAUCGAGUCGUUCGUUGCAGAGUAUACCGUGGCUGCGAAGAAUGCAAUUGAAGCAGGAUUUGAUGGGGUCGAGAUCCACGCCGCAAACGGCUACCUCGUUGAUCAGUUUUUGCAGGACGUCAGCAACACCCGCACCGACCGUUACGGCGGGUCGAUCGAAAAUCGAUCACGGUUAGGCCUCGAGGUAACACAAGCUGUGGUCGAUGCUAUUGGAGCUGAGCGGGUGGGAAUCAGGCUAAGUCCUUUCAGCACAUUCCAGGGGAUGGGUAUGAGGGACCCCAUCCCUCAAUUUACGCAUUUCAUCCACGGUCUCCAGGCGCUGAAACUGGCAUAUAUACACGUGGUUGAGUCGCGCGUCUCUGGCAACGCCGACGUAGAGCCCACCCACAAGAUUGAUUUCGCCGUCAACGCGUGGGAUGGGACGAGCCCGGUUCUGAUCGCCGGUGGAUUCACCCCGGAGUCGGCUAGGAACACCGUAGACGAGCUUUUCCCAGACAGGGACGUGGCCAUUGUGUUUGGUCGGUACUUCAUCUCGACGCCUGAUCUGCCGUUCCGGGUCAAGCAUGGCAUUGACCUGGAGGCCUACGACAGGAAUACGUUCUACACGGCAAAGGCAGAGGAGGGUUAUAUCGAUUACCCCUUCAGCAAGGAGUUUGAACAGGCAUAUAGAAAUUAA